CCCCAGGAUAAGAAUGAAUAAGAAUAAGAAUGAAGCAAAUUUACAGAGUUCCUUUCGAGAGAAACACAGAACGUGUAAAGCAACUGCGAUAUGACUAUGUGCAGAGAGUGAUGGAACUAGAAGCAGAUGCAAUGGGACAUGAGCUACUUUUUGUAGAUGAGGCCGGUUUUAACCUCAGUAAAACCAGGAGACGUGGCAGGAACAUUACUGGACACCGUGCCAUCAUCAAUGUCCCAGGACAACGUGGUUGUAACAUAACCAUGUGUGCAGCUAUAAGCCAAAAUGGUGUUGUUCACCAUCAUGCAACCAUAGGCCCAUACAACACUGCACACAUUAUUGCAUUCCUGGACACCUUACAUGACAUGCUAACUGUUCAGAGACCAGAGCAUACCCGAUAUGUCAUCAUAUGGGACAAUGUUAGUUUCCAUAGGGCUGCUUUGGUCUGCAACUGGUUUACAGACCACCCAUCCUUCAUGGCACUCAACCUCCCUCCAUACUCUCCAUUCUUAAAUCCCAUCGAGGAGUUCUUCUCUGCCUGGCGCUGGAAAGUGUACGACCGUCAUCCUCAUCAACAGGUAGCCCUUUUACAGGCAAUGGAGGAGGCAUGUGGAGAUAUUGACCAGGCAUCAUGUCAGGCCUGGAUACGGCAUUCAAGGAGAUAUUUUCCCCGGUGCCUUGGACUGGAGGAUAUUGCAUGCGAUGUGGACGAGAUUUUGUGGCCGGACCCAGAAAGACGACAUGAUGUAGGCUGAUUGUCUUUUUUUUUUCUUUUUUUUUGUGAAAUUACUAUUUUGUGUUCUGACUUUGUCUUGGUUUUGAUGAGUGUGAAUAAACACCAAUACUUGAAGUUUGGAUCCUUGUAUGUUUACAUGACACUAUGACAAAAGUAUGACCUCAAAUUGACAUCUGUACACAGAGAAAGCAAAAGCCAGAUGUGUUUUGUAUUCAUACCAUCAGUGUGUAGUUGGCACAUUGUGUGCUUAGUAGAUGAUGGCUUGUG